AUUCGCCAGAUCCCAAAAGCACAAUGUUGUGACCAGAAACGCGGAUUGCCACGGCGCCGGUGGCCCGUCAUGUCCCUGCGCCGAUGGGGUUCGUGUCCCUGACGUCACGACGAGCGGCGCCGCGGCGCGCCUGCGCGCUGGGAGGCGGCGAGGUGGCUCUGGGAUAGCCGAGUGCUGGGCAGCUGUGGCGGCGGCAGUGUGUGGUCGGAGGGAGAGCGAGUGAGGAGGCUUUGCUACAAUGUCACUGCAGCGGUGCCUGGCAGAAUGGGAAGAAAUCGAGCAGGAAUUUCAGCAGCUGCAGGAAACGCACAAAGUAUAUAGACAGAAACUUGAUGAACUCACCAACAUUCAGAUGAUAUGUAGCAAUACCAUCACCAAACAGAGGAAGAGCCUGAAUGAUCUGAAGUAUAGUCUACACAGGUGUACACAGUCAAGUAAUCCAAAAGAGAUAGUACAGAUAGCAGAGAUCCAAACCCAGAUCAAAGACAAGCAGAAUGUCUUCUUUGAUAUGGAAGCCUAUUUGCCAAAGAAGAAUGGGUUAUAUUUAAAUUUGGUCCUGGGAAAUGUGAAUGUAACUCUGCUCAGCAAUCAGGCAAAAUUUGCAUACAAAGAUGAGUAUGAAAAGUUCAAGUUAUACAUGACAAUAAUCCUGUUGCUGGGAGCCAUAACAUGUAGAUUCCUGCUUAAUUACCGGGUGACAGAUGAGAUCUUUAACUUUCUGCUGGUUUGGUAUUACUGCACGUUGACAAUAAGGGAAAGCAUUCUCAUCAGUAACGGGUCAAGAAUAAAAGGCUGGUGGGUUUCCCACCACUAUGUUUCCACAUUUCUGUCUGGGGUUAUGUUAACAUGGCCAGACGGUUUGAUGUAUCAGAUGUUUCGAAACCAGUUUCUGGCAUUCUCAGUUUAUCAAAGUUUUGUACAGUUUCUGCAGUAUUACUACCAAAGUGGCUGCUUGUACAGGCUACGGGCUUUAGGAGAGAGAAACCAUCUUGACCUCACCGUGGAGGGCUUUCAGUCGUGGAUGUGGAGGGGGCUCACCUUUCUUCUCCCUUUCCUCUUCUUCGGCCACUUCUGGCAGCUUUAUAACGCAGUGACACUCUUUGGUCUGUCCAGUCACGAAAAGUGCAAGGAAUGGCAAGUGUCCAUGUUGGCCCUGACAUUUCUUGUCCUCUUCCUGGGAAACUUCCUCACAACUCUCAAAGUCGUCCAUCAAAAGUUUCAGAAAAACAAAGACAAAACAAAGAAGAAAGAAUGAUGCCAGUGGGAUCCUGGAGUAGAGGGUGAAGGUUUUUGAAGUGGUAGGAAUCGGAGACCUUACAGGGUGGGGAAGGGAGAGUUUUUUUUUUACAGUUAGAGGUUCUGACAAUUUUAGAUGUUCUUUUGAAAACUCAGUGGGAGGAGGAGGAGGGGGGGGGGCACAUCUGUCCAUGAAUCUUUAUCAUGCUGUGAAACCCAUCGCCACUUUAUGCAGGGAUAUCCAAACCGUAUUCUCGAUUUUUGAAAGGAUUGUGUCUGUUCUUUUAUAAUCGUAUAGACUGAGGCAAGGAUGGGCCCAUAAAUAGAAGCACCACUAAAUGAGCUACAAAUAAGCUUGUAAGCACCUGAAUUUUUUGUUUUUGUUUUCCAGUGUUACUGGUAUUGAACUAAUGAGCAACUGCUUUUUUUGUCGGAUUUUAACUGACGUUUUUACUCACUCCGUUUAACUGUCCGCAAUAAAACAAUGGAUAACGGCUUUGAUUAUAUUUUAAAAGAAAACAAAAACCGCAGCCUGUGACAGUAAUAAGUGAUGUACAAUUGGCUCAGCAUUCCUGGAAGCAGCAUUGGGGUUAGUCCAGCUCUCCUGGCUUUCCGGUGACACUGCGACCCCUGUGACUUCCCGGGUGCCUGCAAGGACCCCUGUGACAGAACGAGGGGUCACUGCCCGUCGGCGCUCAACCGCCUGUAUACCGGUGGGCAGGUCGAGGAGCCAGCCAGCAGUUCCUCUCUCUCGCCCUGCGGGUGAAGCUGCUGUGUGCCGCAAUGCCAAGUAAGAGUUGCCAAUUCCAUAGGAUGGGCACAUCAUAACAAAGAGCUGGUGAUUCUAGCUGCAGUCUUCAUGCUUCACAAGAAGCGGGGUCAUGGUCAAGUCUGACUUCUCCAAUGCUGAGCCUUAAAACAGCGGCUUGCGUCAUGCUAUAUAUAACACUCAUUUAUCACUCAGUCUCAACGGAAAAUUGCAUAUUGGGUGAAAUUAGUCCCCUUUGAUCUUUGGCUUUGUGGCAUAACAGCAAUUAAUGUAAAAUAAGUACAGUAUGUACACUGAGCAUUGCGAAGAAGGGAAAGAAACAUGUAUAUUAGUCAAAACUCUAAACACUUUAGGAGAUUUUUGUCUUUGGAAGUAAACUUGUGAUCAUAUUCCUGCUGCUUUGUGCUUGAGAGAAGGUGAACAACUCGUUAAAGUAAUUUUAAAGACGUUCACUAAGUAAGGCGUGUGCACUGUGGUGUUUCACAGUGCCAAACAAGCCGAGGAUUUUAAUCAGUUGCCAUAGCUCCCUUUAGUUACUCAGCGCUCUCAUUCAUUAAACGUUUGUUCCCUUUGCAGCUGCGUGUUGCCCAGUAGAGGCUUUCAGAUUGACUUACCUGUAAAACAUAGGCAGACAGCUGUCAUCCAGUUUUUAAACACAUCCGUUAAUUACAACAGAGCAGAAGCAGCUGGACAUUCACACUGCCUAAAGAGGGCUUAGUUGGAGGCUGAUGGACUGUUGUACUUAGUGAUGGUGUCGCCUGUGCGAUUCCUAUAAACCUCUUGUAACAGUCAUCUAAAAGAAACCCUUGGUCAAAACGUUCACUACUGACUAAAUUAUUUAGAACUGCCGGCAAAAGGAUAUAUGCAUAAUGUCAUGCAUGUGAGCUUCACUUUAUCCACUUGAGAACUGCAUGUAAUUACCCACACCAGUGUCGGAGGUGGUGAUGAUUUUUACAAACAUUUAUCAAUCAGCCAGUUUGCGAUUUCUCAUUUGAAUUAGAAGAAUGUUGGAAAUGUGUUUCUUUUUAACUAAUUGAAGCCUGUUCUAGCUGGAGAGCUGAAGGACCCAGAGCUUGAGGGAUAGUGAGUAAAGAGGUAGCUAGGAUAAUCAUUCAGGGAUCCUUUUAAUAUUUCCUUUUAUUCAUGUGUGAUGUUUUCAAAACGUAAUACAGUAACAAGCACACAUUUAUGUUCUGUAUUCCCUGCUAGGAAUUUUGUCUGCUAUUUUUGUACAGAUUAAGUACAGUUUUCUUUAUUGACUGAAUUCAAAAUUCAAAUGAUGAUAGCUGUAAGGUCUUGGAAUAUCAAUGCACAGUUUAUUGUAAUGUCUGCUGUAAUUAAUAGGCACUAGAGCUCCAACAGUAUUAAUUCAGGAGUAACUCUUGAGUUUUUAAAGGUUCCUUUUAAUGUGACUUCUUGUACAUAUUUAAUGCUGGCAAUGUGACAAAGCCAUAAAUAUCCAUGAUGAACCCAGGCCAAAUAUCAGUAGAAUCUAGUAUCAUUUUACCAAAGUGCAAUAGCGUGUAACUUUUUGUUUUGUUUUUACUAUUACUCUAGAUCAAGCAUUUCAGAGAACUGAGUAACAUGGGGAAAAAAUGGCAGGGUUAUGUACAAUGCCUUAACAUCUUGUAAAGUGAAUAUCACCACCCUGUGUUAUGAAAAUACUUUUUUUUUUGGUACACACUAAUUUGUCUUGCCUGCAGUAAAAGCUUCGUAGUAUCUCCAUAGUCAAGGUCCUGUCUGAUAAGAAUAUUUUUUUUUGAAUACGGAAAGAACCGUAGAAAAGAAAACAUAAUUUGGCUGAAUCGGCCCACGGAUUUGUUUUUCCAUAGCAAGUGAGCAGAAAAAUAUUUUUUUAAGCAACAGAAUCUAUUACAUUUGUAUGUAACUGAGCCGCCUUAACGCACAGCAAAGUUACCCUUUGGUUUGUUAGGCAGCAGCGUCUCUGCUGUAACUGACAUGUUCACUUUUGACGUGGUUGUACUUUUCUGUUCUAAGUGUGCUGAGGUCUUUGCUUUGUCCUGCAGAACAAUUCUGGUCACGUACGUGGACACAACACUGCUCUGUAGACCCAGGAUUGGCCAAAGACCUUAGAUUCUUUCUUUUGUAUAUGCAGCCUAAUCCUUCUGUAAAUCCCAAGCCGUGGUGUACAUUGCUGUAAAAUAAAUCUUUGAAGAAAUUACUA